AUGGGCCUCACGCAAGACCAAAUCAACAUCGUCAAGUCGACGGCGCCCGUGCUCAAGGUGCACGGCGAGACCAUCACGACCCUCUUCUACAAGGACAUGAUUGACACCCAUCCCGAACUCAAGAACAUCUUCAGUCUUCGCAACCAGGCCUCCGGUGAGCAGCCCCGGGCACUCGCCCAGUCUGUUCUCGCCUACGCCACGUAUAUCGACGAUUUGCCCAAGCUCAAAUCCGCCGUUGAGCGCAUCGCUCAUAAGCAUGCGUCGCUGUACAUUCGCCCCGAGCACUACGACAUUGUCGGCCACCACCUUAUGAAGGCGAUUGGGGAAGUCUUGGGCGACGCACUUACACCCGAGAUCGCCGAGGCUUGGACACUAGCAUACGGGCAGCUUGCGCAGGUUUUCAUCGGCCGCGAGAAGGAGAUGUACCAGGAAGCAGGCACCUGGACAAAUUGGCGCAAGUUCAAGAUCAUCCGCCGCAUCGACGAGUCCGACUCCGUCACCAGCUUCUACCUCGCACCCUCAGACGGCAAGCUCCCCCUGCCCAAGUAUCUACCGGGCCAGUACAUCUCCGUGCAGGUCCCAGUACCGCAACUCGGCGGCAUCACUCAGCCCAGACAAUACAGUCUCAGCGACGCGGCGACACAAGGAGAGUACUACCGCAUCAGUGUCAAGCGUGAGGCGACAGUGGUGGACGCGCCGGAGGAUGACCUGAAGAAGGGCCUGGUUCCCGGCCUCAUUUCCAACCUGUUGCACGACGGCUACCAGGUUGGCGACGAGAUCGAUGUGUCGCACCCGCAAGGAGACUUCUUCCUGGAUGCGAAAGAAUCCGAAAAGGCGGACGUUCCGUUGGUGCUUCUCUCGGCAGGUGUCGGUGCAACGCCGCUCAUGUCGAUCCUCAACACGGUGCUGAGCCCGGAGUCCAAGACGCCGAACCGGCCGAUCAAGUGGGUGCACGCCGCACGCAACAGCAGCAACUUGGUAUUUGCCAAGCACAUCCGGAACCUGACGCGGGAGCGAGAGAACGUCAGCGCGCAUAUCUUCCUCAAUGAGGUCAAGCCAGGAGACGAGAAGGGGCAGGAGUACGAUUACGAGCAGCACCUCGACCUGAAGCAAUUGCCGGAAGAAGAGCUCGGCCUCGCCGACAAGAGAACCGAGUACUACGUCUGCGGGCCGAGAGAUUGGAUGCUCAAGGUGAGACUUGUGUUGGAAGGUUUGGGCGUCGAGAGGGAGAGAGUGAAGCUGGAGCUAUUCGCAACUGGUGACGUCGAGCAGUAG